GGAACACCUCCAUUACUUAUCGCCAACUUUCCUUUCCAUCAUUAUCAUACAUUGUUUAUUCCAUACUCUCGACCCAGCAGUAUCAGAUAGCUUCAACUUUCGAUUAAUACAACAUGGACCGUGAUCGUGAGAGAGAUCGUGACCGAGAGCGGGAUCGUGAAAGAGAUAGAGAGCGUGAAAGGGAUAGAGAACGUGAGAGGGAUAGAGAACGUGAGAGGGAUAGAGAGCGUGAAAGGGAUAGAGAGCGUGAAAGAGACCGCGAUCGAGAUCGGGACAGGAGAUUCCGCGACUUUCGUGAUCCUUCUCCUCCACGAGGUUUAGAUUCAUAUGUUCCUUCUUCGGGUAGACGGCGACUCUCAUCUCGUUCUCCUGUCAGAGGAGAUAGUUGGGUGCCAACGCGUCAUGUCCGUAGAAUGAGCUCAAGAUCACCGCCGUUUCCAGAUAGAGGCCGCUCCCGUACUCCUCCCCGCCGGUCAUUACAGUCCCCAUCGAGAUCUCCGCCCCCACGCGACAGGGAACGGGAUAGAGGAAGAUCUCGAACCCCGCCUCGACGAAGAGACAGAAGUCGUUCGCUUACACCCAUACGUAGAGGCAAUGGCAGAGGGAGAAGCCCACCUUCGAGAUCUCCACGUCAUGUACGUAGGCGACGCACACCAACACCAAACCUUACACGCCGCGAUAGAUCCAGAGACCGUACUCCACCACCACGGAGGGAUAGGACACCUCCGCCCCGUAGGGACUGCUCGAGGGACAAGAGUCCUCGAUCCACAACCAAACGAAUUUCUUCUCGACAUUCACCUAUUUCGUCUCGUCCCAGAUCUCGUUCUCCAAUACACCCAUCAUCCCGGCGUCGCUCUGUCUCUCCUAGAUCACCACCCAUCCGUCGACGAGAGCGCUCCCGCUCGCAAAGGAGGUACCCAAGAUCAAGAUCUCCAAUGCCCCGCGAUAGAAAUAAUUUUCGCAGAGCCGAUCGGAGAGAUAGGUCACUCAUCCGUGCUCGCUCUCCGCCUCAUCGCUACUCCCGUUCGCCAAUGAGGUCUCCUGCCAUUCGAAGGCGCUCAGGAUCUCCUAGGCGUUAUCGCUCCCCACCUCGUCGUAGGGAUUCUAUUUCGCCUCGCCCAAAAUCUCCCCGAAGUCCAGCUUCCCCUUCAAGAAAGAGGGGAAGAGUUAAUUCCCCUCCUAGCCGAGGCUCCGGUAGACCUUUCUCUCCCUCAACCGCGCCGAGUAGACAACGCUCUCGUACACCAGUCCGCGAAUCCGUCCAAGCAUCUCCGAGAAGUCAGAACGGUCGCCCCGCUAGCAGACGUUUUGGUUCUUCCCCCGCACUAUCUGGGGAAGCUCAGAGCAGAGGGAAAGUUUCACCAGCUCCUCCAUCUCGUCCUCGCUCUCCUCCUUCAAGGGCUAUGUCUCCACCUCAUGGGCCUCGUGCUGGUGUUUCUCCCCGCCGCCCCUCGGAACCGCCGACCGGGCCUGCAAACCAGACCGAGAGACAAUAUGUUCCCAAUGGUGGUGGACAUGGAGGCCCCCCUCCUCGCGGACCCUCCGGGGGUUCUCGCUCAAUUCCUCCUCGUGGGCCAAGCUCCUUCCGCCCUAAUCGUCCGAUGAAUAACGAACCACCACAGCUGAAUUCGGGUCCUCGCCAUCGAUCUAGCCAGUCCCCGUCUUACAAUUCACCACGCCCACCUCCAACUAAUCCCCCGACUCAGCCUCGUGGCCCCGUUGGCGGCCCUCCUCCCAGCGGACCUCGCAGAAUGUCGACUGCACCAUCCCGUAGUGGAUCCACCCCUCCCGCCGCAAUUGCCCCACUGAGUAAUCAACCAGUUGCACCUCCUGCGGGCGGUAUCCCAACAGGCCCUCGAGCUGGAAAUUUUCCCUACAGGAGUAGCAUUCCCCCAACUCAUCAUGUCGUCCAUCACCACCCUCCGGCCCCACGAGCACCCUCCGGCCCCGGCACUCUUAUUCCUGGUGGUCGCCUUCUCCCUCCUGUCGAUAAAGCCGCGGAAGAUCGUCUCGGUCGUCUACAACUCGACCAAGCAAAACUCGAUGAAGAGGAUAGGAUAAUCCAAGAACGCAAACGCAAGUCUCUUUACGGCUGGGAAAAAGCGCAUCGCGAGUCAGAGAGAGAAGCAUACAAGGUUGAGCUAGCCGAGAAGCAAUUGAUCAAUGGAGCACUGAUGGAUUGAAACGAGUGAGAUGGGAUGAUUCAUCGUGUUUGUCCAUUCUAUUUAUUUACCAUUUCUUGGUGCUCUCUCUUACUUUCGUGUCUUUGAAUCGCUCUUUUCCUUCUUUUCCCUCUUUUGAAAUAAAAUUUACCCAUUUACUCGCUUUGUCCGUGUUACCUGUCUUCUCAUAAUUCCAGGCGAUAUCCUGUACCCAUUUUCCCAAUUUUUUUCUAACACUCUUUUCCUUUUUGCAUUUUACCCCCCCUCUUUUUUUUUUUUUAGCAAAAUGGAACAGAUUGUGCAAGUUUCCCCCCCACUCUCUUCAUUUACUUUAGCCUCGUUUCUGUUUUUCAUAUAAUCUUACUCUUUUCUUCCUCACUAGGCUCUCGCAUGCGUGCAUGCAUGGGAAAUGAUUGAUUGGGAGGGAACUGGAUAGCUUACUGCAUAAUAAUAGAGUGGCUUGGCUGGA